CAGUAACUCAGUCUGAAUAACGAAAGUCAACCUCAUGGGUAUGGGAGCACCUUGGGAAAAUUCUAGGGUUAGCCUGAUUUAUCCUCUGGGUACCAUAAAUAUAUACAACAGAAUUUAUGAAAAUCCAACCAAGAGUUGUUGGGAUCUUUCUGUCUUUGCAAAGUGGUGGACUGACACCAAUAUUGCAAAGUUUUAUUUUAGAGAUUGUCGUCUCUGAAUGAUUGUUGAUGUUUUUUUAAAUACACCCGAAGGACUCACAAGGAAAGGUAUAAAUAGUAAUCAAGUUCAAAACCUUUUCAAAGUAUCCACAUUUUUCAAGUACUAAGUGAAUAGUCACUGCAAAUAGAACAUCUCGGUCUGGGUCCCACCUUGCAGUGUUACACCAUAAGCUUGCCUCCCAUUCCCAGCCCUGGUGAUAAAGUGGCCCACUGUGUGGGAUGAGCUAACAGAGUGGGCUAAGUGUGAAGUGUACCCCCCCCAGUUGCUCAAGUGUUUGUCUGUAGCCAGAGAGCUAGCAGGAAGUGCAGCUCGGGUGCAUCUCUUCUCGUCUCAUCAAUGCUGCUUUCAUUCUCCCUCGGUGGGGCAAGAUGGAAGCUGUACAAAAGGACCACUGGUACUUCGUGGUACUCAUCUUUCUUCCUUUUCUUAAAGUUGCUGUCCAGCAGAAAGAUGCCAUCACAGUCCAUCUGGAGGAAGGCAUGGUUCUGGACUGUUUGUGCCCCUGGAACGGCAACCUCAGCAUGGUGUCCUGGAAUAAAGUGCCAGACAAGGAACCUGUGGCUGUUUUCCAUCCGGAGUAUGGCGUAGCUUUCUCUCACCAUUAUCGGGAAAGGAUAGAGUUCCUGAGGACAACGCCGAUGGAUGGAAGUAUAUCCAUGAGGAACGUCACUCACCAGGACAUCGGGCUUUAUCACUGUUCUGUUCAGACCUUCCCCCAAGGCCCCUGGACGAGGAACAUUCAGGUGGAGGAUUUAGAUACACCCCCAGAAGAAGACGAUAGCCCACAGCCGCCCACCCCAGAAGAUGUAAGAGUGGACACGGAGCUGGUAGCAGAGCGGAACAACAACCUGACCAUCAAAUGUAACCACGUGCACAACGGCACUGUCUACCAGGUCAUAUUGGAGAAGAUGCCGCACAGCCAGCCUUGGAGCAUUAUCGGAGUGUGUAAGAAGGUGGAGGGGGGCCUGGUGGGAGAAGACUACAGCGACAGGGGGGGGGUGAGCUGUGCAGACAGCCUGGACGUCAGUCUGCAUCUGACAGGCGUGGUGCCGGAAGACAGCGGCUUCUACCGCUGUACCUUUAGCACGGACACAGGAGUGCAGACCACCACUGUGCUGCUCACUGUGGCCCCUCCAGGUGGAUUCAGCCUGUCUAUGUACAUGAUGUAUAUUUACAUCGGGGCUGGAGCUGCAGGGCUAAUUCUUCUCAUGGUCAUUAUUAUACUCGCAGUGAGGCACAGCAGGAAGAGGAACAGGAGAGAAGAGUACAAAGUCAAACUGCACCCAUCUCAGAGUCAGCAAAACCACUAUGAGAACAUCUCUGUGUGCAGGAGUGCAAAGAAGCCCAGGCAGAUCAGAAAUGCUCCAGUGUACGCCAACCUGCAGACAAUACAAUCAUACAAAACCACUGCAGGUUAUCCCUCUGCAGAUUUAAGUAUAAAUCAGCAAAAAAAACUAACAUAUAAGAACAGGAGCUCGUAGUAGUUAUUUUAUUUUUUUAAAAUGGGAAGCAUGCAGGGAUCACAGUGACACUGAUUCAUAUUCAUGGUUUGAAAAGGAAGCAAGAUGGGGCUGACAGAUUGGCUUUAAACAUGUCUUGCUCUUAUUAAUUAAAUGUAGUAUGUACUCCAUAAUUACUGUUGAGGAUAUAUUUGUUUGGGGCAAAACAAUAGUUGACAGUUACCGUCACGCAGAGAGAGAAGACAAAGGCCUGGAUAAUCAUUCUUUUCACUUCCUCAACCCCUGAGUAAAACGAUUGACAAAAGCCUGUAUAAUUGCUCUCCUUUUACUUUCAUCCCUCCUGGUUUCCAUUCAAAGCCUGACAAUGGUGUCUAAUCAUCUAACAGAAAAGAAAAGCAGUCACUCAACGCUGUACCAUCGCAUGAGUCUGUUGCUUUCCCCAAAGGGCUCUGUGUCUUGUAUGGCUGCAUCCUAGUUACAGAAGGCUUAUAUUAUGAAAGCUACUCUAAUGAGCUAAUCCUGCUUAUGUUUAAAACGGCUCUCAUUUGUCUAGUUUAUUGAUAAAAUAUUUUCUUUCUUAUUUUGAAUCAUACAUACAGUUUUUACGCCAAGAUGUCACAGGAUUUCUUCUUUGUAGAUGAUUGCUAAGCUUGCCUAUGUGCUCUUGUAAAUCAGUAUUUAAAGUUUAUGGACGUACCUCGGAGCUGUGUGUUGUUUAUUUGUAAUCUGAUUCAUUUAUCUCCAUAGAAAUGGAGGCAGUGGCAGAGGCAGUAAUGGAUAUGCAGGCUAUCCUGCUAGGAAACAAGACAAAUGUGGACAAGUUAGAAAUAUGGAACUCAAAGAGACAAUAUAGUUUGGAAUCGAAACUUCUUCUCUUUUUUUGCCUUCAUUCUCUCAUCUUGCUGUUCCUGGAAAACAGAACAAGCUGCAAGUUUACUUUUGACUGUGAAACCUGUGGUACUGUGUGGGUGAUCAGCAAUAGUGAAACUGAUGUGUGACUGUAAAUGACUCCAAAUGAAAAUAAAAAUGUGUCAUGACUGCUAA